GAAAAUCUUGUUGUACUACGCCCUCUGCCAUAAAAAUCUUGUUGUACUCACGAGAAAUUAUUCAGUGUCGAGCUGGUAUAUCUCACAUGAUACCCGCUCGACGCAUCCGAGCCAUCUAAUACACUUUUGAACGGUUUGGAUUGAAACUCACUCACUCCUCUCAUCCCAACACUUUCUCUCUCCAAAUCCGAGCCGUCCAAAAAUGUAAUGAACGGCUCGGACGCACUGAGCCGGCACCUCGUGAUACCCGCUCGGCAAUGAAAAAUUCUUCCUAACUCAUGGAAUACACAUAAAAACUAUCAAAAGAGAGCAGAGCUCUGUAUCAGGUUUCUAUUUUUCCAUACAAGAAACUGAAUCAUGGAGCAAAGAGGGGAGGUGUCCCUUAGCCUUAGGAAGAAAACUGAAUCUGAAGAAACAACAGCAAAAGAGGAAGCAACAACUGAUAAGAGAGAUGGGGAAUGUGUCAAUGGAAGCAGUAGUGCAGAGCAAACCAAGAUUAUCCUCAUGAGAGCCUUUGUUGAAAAACAAGAUACCUCUUCCAAGGAUGUUGACGAUUAUAUGAUCAGAAGGUUUCUCCGUGCUCGUGAUCUGGACAUAGAGAAAGCUUCUGCCAUGUUCCUUAAGUACCUGAAUUGGAAACGGACAUUUAUCCCUACCGGUUGCAUAUCCUCAUCAGAGAUUGCUACCGACCUAGGACAGAACAAGGUGUUUUCUCAAGGGUCGGAUAAAACAGGACGUCCGAUAAUGCUCAUCUUUCCUGGAAGGCAUUUCCCCAGGAAAGGAGGUCUAGAGGAAUUCAAACGUUUUGUGGUAUUUUCUAUCGAAAAAGUUUGUUCUAGGAUGCCAGAAGGACAGGAAAAAUUUGCUGUUAUUGGUGAUAUGGAAGGAUGGGGAUACACAAACAGUGACGUCCGUGCGUACCUGGGAGCUCUUACCAUUUUGCAGGACUACCAUCCCGAAAGACUUGGGAAGUUGUUCCUCCUCCAUGUGCCUUACAUAUUUAUGGCAGUGUGGAAGGUUGUAUAUCCAUUUAUCGACGACAAUACAAAGAAGAAGAUCAUAUUUGUCGAAAACAAGAAAAUGAAAUCAACUCUGCUAGAAGAUAUCGAUGAGAGUCAGCUUCCGGAGAUUUAUGGAGGCAAACUACCAUUAGUUCCCGUACAAGACAGCUAAUUAGAGCACUAUUACUUGGGAAGUCCCUGUAGAACUAAUCAUGCACCUGCAUUCAUAUAUUUCUGUCAACCAUUUCCAUAGCGAUAUCAUGCGGUAGAGAUAUUAUGCGGUAAAUUAUUUUGAGUAAUUUCCCAGAGUACCGCGUGACGUUGCCUACGUGAUACUCCCAACCAUUUCUGUAGCGAUAUUAUGCGGUAGAGAUCUUAAUUAUCAUCCCCUUUUGUUAGGUGAUGAUUGGAAGACAAAUAGCGAUCCACAUUAUGAGAUGGCAAUCAAUGUUUUACUUGCGGAGAGUAUCA